AUGCCAAAUCCUAAUAAGCCACGUAUGUUGUUUAUUGUGACCAAAUUCAACGGAAACUUUCGCGAACCUUCUUCCUGUAACACAGUCGGAUGCACGGUUGGCCCUCCAUUCCUGUUUUCGGAAAAAUAUUUCAUUUCUGACAGAACAUUUAUGAAGGGGAUUCCCUUUCAGUACGUAAGCUUUAUAGUUUCGACACGAGGCUUAGCGCUUGCGCUUACGAAACCUCCAUCUCUUGCCCUUUACGGAAGUGAGAAAUCAGCACUGGCACUAGGCUUGUCCUAG